GUCAUUGUUGUCAUACAAACUGUCCAGGUGCAUUUUGUUUUCAUUGAGUAACUAUCUUGCUUGCAGCUUUUGGUUAAUACCUGUAUUUACUGAGAAGGACUCAAUUAACACACAGCUUAGUGGCCGGAGCGAAACGAUGAGUAAUCCAACUGGAGAUUGUGCCCAAUCCUCCCGAGAAGAGGAGGAGCGUGAAGGUGAGUUGCUCUGCUUGAUGAUUAAAGCCCAGUUGGAGGAUUUGUUCUCCGACGGCCACCUGGCACAGGACGGCUUCCUGCUGAAGCAUGUGCAAAGGAACAAGCAGGGCUAUGUCAGCCUAAAGCUUCUCACUUGUUUGAAAAAGAUAAAGGUCCUGACCACUGACUGGCACAUGACUCUAGCAGGAGCAGAGUACUCAAAGCUUCUGGAGGUGAAUGACGAGUGCACCAAAGUGAGGCGGAAAGAGCCGCUUCCCAAAAGGCUACAGCGUUCCCCAAGCAGCAAGCUCCUCCUCGCCUGGAACAUUUCUGAGGAGAAAAACGAAGAAGACGGAGUCGCCUCAGGCCUCGAGCACCCUCCACUCUCAGAGAGGAUCUUCCAAAAGUUCAGCGCUUACGGCAACAUUACUUCGACGUGGAUCCUGUAUCCUGGCAAAGAGCUCCCAGAGGAGUUGCAGAAAUAUGCCAAGCAUCACAAAGAGCUGGGCCAACGUCUGUGUGCAGUGGUGAGGUUUGAACACUUGGAGGCGGUUCGUAAAGCAUACAGCCUUCUCAAAGCAGAGGAGAAGUCUGAUCGUGAGGGCAUGCAUGUGGUACCUCUGGGACUCCACUCAAUGCCCCACCUCACCAGGGAGGAGAACAACCAGGGUCCACCUGGAGAUGAAAAUCAACAUGAAACCUCACCGAAUUCAGUCCAGGAGGAAUCCUCUUUAACAGUUCAACUUUCUGCAGAGAUUUUAAGCACAUCUCAACCCCAGGAGUCCCAGAAAAACACCAUUCAAAAAACCUGGGAGCUGAUCUCCACCAGUAGUAACAGCCAGUCCUCCGGUUUAAAACAGGGGUGCAUUAAGAUGAGCUGGUGCUCUGGAGACUGGGAUAAUUCUCCGAGCCCCUGGGUGCUGAGGCGCAAAUUUGCAGCCACUGCAAUAAACCCCAAGGUGGCUGGGGACCUGAAUGAACGUUGUUUCAUGCAGAGAGUCCUGCGUCAGCCCUUCGGCCCUGACGGAACAAAGGGUUUUCAUUGCAGAGACAGAGCAACUGCAAGAGGACGAAACACACUGCUCGUACAGUAGCCUCAGUGAAAAAUGUGAACGGCUGAUGAGGAAAAUAAAAUGUUUUUUUAAUUCAA